AUGGCGUUGGAUGGUGUUGCCUUGCAGAUACGGCCUGGUGUCAAUGAUGAGAACGUCGGUGGUGUGAACGCGAAUUCAAUCAAACCAAUUGAAUCAAAACAAUUAGUGCUGCAACAUCAAUCAGAGCGGGCCAAGACAGACACGCACAAACAUGCCAUCUUGAGUCGAACACGUUACAACAAGCAUUGCAGUUCAGACUCAGACGCAAUCAAAACCAUGAUCAGUAAAAAUUUUGAUAAUUUGACUGUGCUGGAAAAGCAGGAUAUAAAAAUGGUUGAUAAUAUUUGCAGCCUCAAAAAUUACCUGAAAGCUUCAUGGGCGAGCAUUGUUGAAAACAAUUUAACAAAAAAUGUAGAAAGUAUAAACAAUCAGGGGUCUCGUGGCCGAGGGGUUAGCGUGUUCGUCUACCACUCCCACGACCCUGGUUUGAAUCCUACAGUUUCUACAGCUAGCCAACACCAGGACUCAGGAGCCAACUUGAUAGCACGGAACAAUCCCGCGGCGGAACGGGAAGUCCUGCGCAUCCUCCAGAUUACCGCCAUCAGCUCCCACCAAAUCAAAAUCAAGUGGUCCUUCUCUGCACCUCCCGACAAACUUGCCAGAAAUAAUUACGGAGGGUUUCGAAUUUAUUACUACCGGAUUCAAGGUCUUCAUCAUCAUCACCACCACCACCACCAGCCACACCAACCACAAAACGUCGACAUGGACGACUCGCUCUCGAUCGACAACAGGGAGGAGGUGAUGGUGGAGGACGUGCAGGCGAGGGAGGUGCUGCUGCAGAACCUCAUCCACGAAACUUACUACGACGUGCAAAUUCGCAUUCAAGUUAUAAAUCCAAAAAUCAUGCCUCCAUGCCGCUUAGGAACGAGCAAUAAACAUCUGCCCGAGUUGAAAGCCUGCUGGCACGACGUGGAACUUAUUAUAAAUCGCACACGUUCAGACAGAUUGCAUUGA